AUGACAAACAACUACAAUGACUUCAUACUUGCAGAAAAUCUAAAGGAUGUAUCACUAGACAAUAGUCUUCAAAUUGCUGCUAUUACUGGAGACAUCAGUUAUGAAAAUGAAAUAGAAAGGUUUAAAUACCCACAACCAGCCACAAGGAGUAAAGAUGAACUGACAAAGGGAACAUUGGUAAAUGCAUUUAAGGAAUGUUCCAUCGAAUAUGAAGCGUCGCGGAGAGUGUUUCAUUAUCUUGUUAAAGAAUCAAAUAUCUUUCGAUUUCUAUUUACUAAUGCUCACAUGACUGUACGCUCUGCCCGAGAGCCGAUAAUUGGUUCCGAUCAACUUGAUGAUAUCUAUAUUAAAGCAACAGAUGAUCGAUUCAGUUCUGAUAUGAUAUUGUCCAUUCACAAUGGAAGAGUUUUACAAUUGGCUACAUUUGUUCUUACCGAGUCAUCUACUCAAGUGAAAAUACUAGAUCGUAUAACGCUCCCAAAAUUAGGAUGUGCUUCAAAAUUUACAAUUGUAGGAGACAAGGUAAAAGGAAGUCAAUUUCUAUGUCUUUGUCAAAGUCUUAAUACACUUAGUGUGCUUUUCUUCGAUAUUCAUGUUGAUCAUCAAGAAACAAUAAAGCUUAUAAGUCACGACAGACAAUUAAUACUUCCUAGGUCAAAACUGCUUUACGGGUCUAUGAUGAACAGGGGUCGAAGCUUGAAAUCAUCUUUGCUUGCUAUAUGGAACUGCAACAGAGUCCAUUUAAUUUAUUUUGAAUGGAAUGAAAUUUCAGACGAGAAACACACAUUUCGACUAGUCUUACCGAAUUUCUCUGCUGUUACUCGGAUAACCUAUUUGAACGACAGUUUGUUCCUUAUAGCCAGUGAACAAGAACAAGAACCCAUUUUAAUAACCUCAUCACAGCUAAAGACAGGAGAUAGAGAGUUUAAAACAAUAUCAACAUUGUUCAAUUUCAUCAAUAUGGAAGCGGAAUGCCAUGAAUUAUUAGACAAAUUACAACGUUUAUACCCGCAACAAUUAGCAUCCUUUAAAAAAUGUAUGAUUCUUCUAAUCAACCAUAGAGAUAUUUUAGUUGUUAUAUCCGGGAAAGGGGAUGAUGUAGUAUAUUCUCACUUUUUGAGAGUCAAAUUUGCAGUUAAGUUCUACGUUAUUGAUAUUGACGACAAAAGUAUGUGCAUUGAUAUAUUGUCCAACAAGGGAAUUCAAAAGCAUAAAAUUCCGCUAAUGCUUGGAAACCUUUAUCCGUUGUCCGAAGAUUUCAGUGUCUCGCAGAAAGCUGGUAAUUCAGUUUCUGAAACAGUGUACAAGAGUUAUAGUACAGUGUCGUCUUUUGUAUCAUGCAACAGAGAAGAGACAAAAAGUACUUUAUGGUGUUCUGGUAAUUCAGGAAUUUACCAGAUUGACAAAGAUGGUUACUAUAUUCAGCUUGUAGAAGAGAUAGAAAGUGCUUCUUAUAUAGGGUUUGCCCGGCAGCAUUUUGUUCUCAAAUGCAACUGCAGACAUCUGGAGGAGGAGAAUCGUACGUUUGUCAUUAUUUAUUUGGGCGAAGAAGUUACAACUAGAAUUGUGUCGAUGAAUGAAGACGGAAAGCUGAUCAUUGCGAAAGAAGAUACAUUAGACUUUUCUUUAAAUAUUCUCAACGAACAUACUGUCAACAUUUUUACUUUAUCAGAAUCACUUUUCCAAGUCCUCGAUGGGUGCAUAUUGGAAAUAAAACCCAACAGAGAACGAACGGUAUGCUUUGGGGACAAGACUUGUACGGAUAUGCAAAUUAUAUCGUGUGUUGGGGUAGAUGAGUACAGCGAAAUAGCCAUGUUAUUAAAAGUUGGUGAUGAUGGAGCAAUUCUGUUUAGCGUCCAAGAGUUUUCAUAUGGGAAACUGAUAGAAAAAUGGAAACAAUGGCUGGGACAUGGGACAGCAAAGCCGAUUAGGCAUAAUGCUGGCACUGGAACACUUCACUUUGAAAUAGAGAGUGGCAGUAAGAUAGUUUCGUAUACGUAUGACAUUUCCCACAAGGAGUUGCAAAUGGAAACGUGGAACCUCGAAGAAGAUUGCAUGGCGGACUUUGCGCAAACAGUCAUAAAUUAUGGGUUGAACGGCAAUAGGAGAAGCUUAUACACACAGACGGUGCGCCAAGUUGGACGUCUCAAGCGGUUUGGGAACAAAGAAGAAGAAGAAGAACAUACACUAUUUUUCAGCGACGAAGUGUGUCAGUUGGUCCAAAUAGCGGAUAAUUGCGUUUUAAUUCACGAUAGCACGCGGGUCGGGCUUUUGAUGAAUGGGACCAUAGUGAGGGUUCCUGGGAUCGAGAACGAUGGGAUUUCUUCAAUUCUUGAAGCUAGUGCUGUUGUGGAGCACGGGGCGGUGGUACUAUUAUGUGUGGUAUUCGACACGCAUACAACGGUGGUGAGAGGGACCUUCGUCUCGAACAUCGUGCGGAGCCACGACGUCAAGGCAAAACACAACAGGACACACCUCCAGCGGUUUUGUUACUUCGAGAGUCUCAAGCGGAUGGUUGUGUGUAACUUACAGAAGCAAGUCGUGUAUGCGUUAAAACUGGAGACGGGCAAGACUGCAAGUCUCGAGUAUGCGAGCGUGAGGGACCUAAGACAUAUAUACCAUCUAAGCGAGGUGGAGCCUAACCAUGCGGCGAUAGUGGGCGUAACGCGAAAUGGGGCUCAUGUUGUGAAGUUGUGCAAGAUCUCGUUCAAGAGUGGCAGGCUACGGAUGAGAGACGUUGGUGAAUUGGAGUUGGCCAGUAAGCCGUGCAAUGGGACAGCGAGUACGAGCGUGAACGUGAGCAAGCGGUGGGCGACGGCGCCCGAGCUAUGGAUCGCUGCCGGGAGAAACGUGAGGGUGGUGAAACUCCUGCUGCCGGGGUCCCAUCCGGGGUCCCAUCCGGGGGCCCAUGUCGAACUCAAACUUGACGUGCAGCUCGAAUUGGGGCUCGAAUUGGAGCCCGAAUUGGACUCCGCAUUGGACUCCUCAUUGGAGCCCGACCUGGAGCUGGUCCUUUCUCCGACCCUGAUCUGCGUCAAAUCCAACUCCGAGUUUUACAUCGGCCGGAUCAACGAGGUGAUGAGCUACAAGGCCAGCGCCCUACGGCGGUGCGAGGGCACGCAGCGGCUCGAGCCACGCUCGAGCCACGCCCUGCUGCACCCUGACGCGGACGCUGACGCGAUCGGCAGCCUCGUGAUCUGGGGCAACAACAGGUCCACCGCCGCAGGUGGGGAGGGCACGGUGCUACUGUUCCGCGCAGCGGGCCCGCAGCCGCCGGUACCGGCGGCUGUGCUCUCAGUCCCGCCGGACCCGGUAGACGCAGACGCAGUUUCCGUCUGCAGACCACGUGACUCAGAAACAAGAUCCACAUUCAAAAUCCUCCACGUGACCGGGCGCCUCACGACCAUCGCCAUCAUCACUGCGCACGGUAACAAGAAUGCCAAAGCCUCAGGCCCAAACGCGACCACAGCCCAGACAAAGGCAUAUGCGUACUAG